AUGCGAGCCAGCAGAGCGCUGGAGUCGCAUCUGCAGGCCAUCAGGGAGAAGGCCACGGGACCUCGACAGCCGACGACAUCGGAGAGUCACGACCAAGCGUCCAAAGAACAGAAAGAGAUAGAAGAGGCGGCACAAAGGAUGGAGCAGGAGAGGAAAGAGCGGGAGAAGCAGAAAGCGAUAAAGAAGAAAGCGAGGAAAGUUAGGCAGAAGUUGCUUGCUUCAAGCAUCGACGUCUUCCCAGUAGAAGACUCACCAGACAUCCAUCCACCCACCAAAUUAAUAAAAGUGCUUAACCAAAUAUCGAAUGCUAUUGCGCCACUCCUCGAAAACGAACCGGAAAAACGAGGUAUCAACGGCUUCGAAGAAGACCUCAAGAAAGAUGAAGGGAGAAAGAAAGAAGAAGAAUAA